GUCUCUCCUCUAUCUACCCUCCAACUCUCUACAUUUCAGUCCAGUCUUCAGUUUUGCCGUGGUUUUGCCGUUGCCGAAAUGGCGCGGAUCAAUGAACCUAAUAGUGUCGCGGAGGGGAGAAAUUAGAAAAUUUUCAAACGUAGUGCGAGAAGAGUGAGAGGGAGGGAGAGAGAAAGAACAUAAGGAGGGAGUGAGAGCAGGGCGACUCCGGCGGUUCGUUGGCAGACUGGCAGAGGCAGAGUCGUUGCUGAUUCUCUGCGGCAAACGGAGACUAUACCGGAGAGCAAGACUUUCAGCAACGUUUUCGCAGUCUCGUAUUAGCCGUCAUCGAAGCGAGACUGAGAAAGAAAGAUAGAAAGAGAGGGAGAGAGAAAGUACCCGUAGAGCAACGAUACAAAGCGAAGUGUGCGUGCGAAUGAAAGAGAGAAAGAAAGGAGGGUGUAUGAGAAAGAAAGAGUCGUCUUGCGUGUCCGCCAACGGCCAUUGUCUCUGACAUGGAAGCCUAUCAAAAUGGCAGAAGUCUUGCAGAUGUUUUUGUUCCUAUAUAAAUCCAAGUAUCGUCGAAAAAAUAACAAACGAAUAUUCCAUGAUAGACAGGACAGUGAUUUUAGUACCGGUUUUAUAUGGUCAGUGUUAAUAUGGGCGGUGGUGUUGCGUUGUGCAGCGACCGCAGCUUCGACGACAUCGACGAGCACGAGCACCGAGGUACCCUGCGACAUCGAGAAUUGUGUAAACGGUGAUUGUGUCAAUGGUAGUUGCGUUUGUCAGGAUGGCUGGCAAGGUACUGCUUGUCAAUACUGCGGUGGAAAAGUCAGGCUCACAGCACCGUACGGAAAUAUACACGACGGAACGGGAAAUUAUAAAACGGACGUGAAAUGUUCGUGGUUGAUCGAGAGCAAUCCGAAUUCCUCGAUACGUAUGCACAUCGAGGAAUUUGCAACGGAAUGUGGCUGGGAUCAUCUGUACAUCUAUGACGGAGACAGCGUCGAGGCGCCGCUGCUCGGCGUCUUCAAUGGUCUCAUGCACAAGGACAGUUAUCACAUUCGUCGGGUACCGGAAGUAAUAGCUCGUUCCGGUAGCGUACUUCUUCACUUUUACUCCGACGUUGCGUACAACAUGAGCGGCUUCAACAUCACUUACAAGAUCAACGCGUGUCCCAGCAGAUAUUCGCAUACGGAUUGCUCGGGACACGGUGUCUGUAUAGAAGGAGUUUGUACCUGUGACGCUACAUGGACAGGUGAUGCUUGCGACGUCCAAGUGUGCCCUAACAAUUGUUCCCGACAUCAUGAACAAGGGGAGUGCGAUCGGGAGAGACAUCGUUGCGAUUGCGCUCCAGGGUUCAAAGGAUCAGACUGCAGUCAAAAAAGCGAACGUGGCUAUUGGGAGCCGGUGCCUUACAAUUUUUCACCCGAAGGCUCGGCGAGUCAUUGCUCGGUCGUUUGGAAGGAUUCACUGUACGUCGUGGGAGGCGAGAGCUUCCGGAAGACCAAGAUGAUCUAUAUUUACGAUUAUAACGGGAACGUGUGGGAAACACCUCGCAUCGUUGGCCGAAGACCCGCUUCUCGUUACGCUCACUCGUGUGUACUUUUCGGUGACAAAAUUUACAUGUACGGUGGUGUUGUACAAAAUUCAACGGUCACCAACGAAAUUUGGGCUUUCGAUAUAUCUGCCAAAGUAUGGGAAAACGUUACAGUGCGAGAUAAUUGUAACAAUAAAACUAUGUGCGGUCCGUUAAAGGUAGCAGGACACACGGCAAAUCUAAUAAAACUUCAUGGAAAGGAUGAGAAGAUGAUCGUAAUAUUUGGUCACUCUCCGCAAUAUGGUUAUCUGAAUACCGUGCAAGAAUAUUCGUUCGGUCUUCGAAAAUGGCAGAUCGUAGAGACAAUAGGAUUCCCGGUGAAGGGUGGAUACGGUCACAGUUCGGCUUACGAUCCUCUGACAAAUCGUAUAUAUAUUUACGGUGGUUACGUAUUCGAAACCCAGAGUACACAGGUUUUGACUAACCGCAUAUACUCGUAUCAUCCGAUUUAUCGGGAAUGGAAAUUACUGACUGCAGCACCAUCAGCACGUUUCUUCCAUACCGCGGUAUUUGUCACGGGGGGUUUGAUGCUCGUGUUUGGUGGAAAUACGCAUAACGAUACUCUGCAUUCGCACGGUGCGCGUUGCUACUCGGCCGAUACGAUAUCGUACGACGUAACUUGCGAUUCGUGGCACCAAUUUCCAAUGCCACGUGAAAUGGCCGAUUUACCAAGGUACGGUCAUAGCGCAACGGUAUUCGAAGGCUCGAUGUACAUUUACGGUGGUUUCGACGGGCAAAUGUUGGCCGAUAUGCUGAGAUACACACCGGGCAAUUGCGAUUAUUUGACAACGCAAAAUCACUGUCUCGUCUCGAGAAAUGGCGUGAAAUGCGUUUGGGAUAAAAAAGACGAGCGGUGUCUCGGAAUUACAAACAUAUCGCGGAACGAGCUCGAAAACGACGACUUUCACGACGGUACGUACAUGAGAUGCGUCGACGAAACACCACCACGAGGCAUGACCUCGCACGAAGAGCUGUGCAAACUUUUUACCGACUGUGCCGCCUGCGUACAAACUUCCUACAACUGCGUGUGGUGCGGUGAAAAUUGUUCUCACGAGAUAUGUCCGAGGAACGCUAAUUUGCCAAUAACUAUUAGAGAACUCGAUCACUGCGACGCUAACUCGCGCGACGAGUGUUUACCGCUACACACUUGUCACGCCUGCUCGAGCAAUCCUUAUUGCAUAUGGUCGUGGUCCAGCGGCCCUGAUCGGUGUCGAAAACUCACUAAAAUUAGAGACAUUAAAAUAAUCAACGGUACCGUGCAAGCUCAACGUUUAACGAUGGAAAGCCCUUGUCGGAGUCCAUGCGUCGAAUUUACUUCUUGUCGUAAUUGUACAGAAUCGGAUUGUGUAUGGUGCCAGAACGAGGCUAAGUGCGUCGACAAAAAUGCCUAUCCAGCUAGCUUUCCAUACGGACGAUGUCGCGAAUGGACUACCAGCGAUGCUCGGUGUCGCGCCACCGAACUCGGCAAAGAAUGGUGCAGCUUUUAUUCAUCUUGCUCCAGUUGUCGAUCCGAUCCCGGCUGCGGAUGGUGUGACGAUGGCUCCGUCACGGGAAAAGGCAAAUGCAUGCCUGGUGGUGCUCGAGGACCCAGCAGCCGUACUCUCGAUACUUGUCUGUAUGAGCGAUGGUACUUUACCAGAUGUCCGAUUUGCGAGUGCAACGGUCACAGUCAGUGUCUUCCAAACAGCAGUGUUUGCAUUCAGCCCUGUGCUAAUUUGACCCACGGUACUCAUUGCGAGAAAUGCAUAGCCGGAUAUUACGGGAGUCCAUUAAACGGUGCAACUUGCCAACCUUGCUCCUGCAACGAUCAAGGAACCGAGUGUAACAGUGAGACUGGCAAGUGUUUUUGUACGACGAAAGGAAUCACCGGCGAUCAUUGCGAGCGAUGUGACGUUGCCAAUCUUUAUCACGGGGAUCCGACGAAAGGAUCAUGUUUUUAUGACCUCGUUAUAGACUAUCAAUUCACAUUCAACCUCAGUAAGAAGGAUGACAGCCAUUAUACAGCGAUAAAUUUUAAAAAUUCACCCUCCAAACCGGAUGUUGAUGCGGAAUUUUCGAUCUUCUGUUCGGUACUCGCGAGAAUGAACAUAACGAUAAAAAAAGCGAAUAGCCCGGAAAAACCAUUGUUAUUGGGUGCUAAUUGUACAACGUACAAGCAUCGGUUCAACAAGGCUGAGUAUAACUUUGGUAGCGAGGACAACAAUACUCUCACGACGUUUUACGUUUACGUUUACGACUUCCGUACACCAUUGUGGAUACAAAUCUCGUUUUCCCAAUACUCCAAGCUCAAUCUUCAACAGUUUUUCAUCACAUUUUCCACAGAUUACAUGACACCGCACAGGUGCUUCCUCGCUCUACUCCUGGUCGCUGCGUUUCUUUGGAAGAUCAAACAGAAGUACGACAUGUAUCGACGACGUCAACGUCUUUUCGUCGAAAUGGAACAGAUGGCUAGCCGCGCCUUCAGUCAAGUUUUGGUGGAGAUUGAAAGGCGAGACGUUCUUAUCUCAUCGGAUAUGGAACGCACGGAGCCAGAUUCGAAUGGUUGUCGAAAAAAGAAGAAGGAUGUACCGAGUCCAAUAGCACUGGAGCCUUGCUGCGGGAACCGUGCUGCUGUCCUGUCGCUGCUAGUCAGACUACCAACCGGAGGUGAGUCUUAUACACCGACGGGGCAAGGAGCCGGUCUUGCAGUAGCCUCAGCCCUAGUCACAUUGGGCAGUCCGAGAAGGCCCUCUCAGGAACUGACCACGAAGGAUCCGAAAAAAUCGCGAAAGUCCGCCAGUCAGCAUCCAGACUCAACUUGCAUUUAGUCGAUAAUGCAAAGCAGAAAAAAUUCUAUUCAGAAAAGUCGACAAUUAAUUUUAGAUAUAUCAUUUUUUUUAUUUUACAAUUUUGACUAUCUCUAUGAACAUGUAGAGAGUUUUUUUUUUAACUUACGAAAGAGCGAACGUAACGAGAUCGGUAUUAUCAGCCGUCAGUCGCAUGGCGAUGUUUCUUUGCUGAUGUUUCUUAAAUAUUUCGUCAUUAAAACGAGAUUUCCUCGUUCGUUUAUUUCAUAUUGCUCCAUACUUUUCAACUUGAAAAUGAUUGGCGAUUGAGUAUGCAAAUGAUGUCGUUUUUUUUAUCGUACACUUUGAUCAUACAAUACUAUUUACCUAGAGUAAAUAUUUUUCCUACGAAUAUUUGAGAUUAUCAAAUAGAAAAAAGAAUACCCUAACUUUGGAUUGUUCCGAAAGGAAAAACUCCUGAUAUUUCAAAAAUUUGAAAUUCGCGAGAGACUGAUCACACAUCCAACGGUGUAUCACGGGCCUCCUCCGCUUAUAAUCGCGCUCUCCAAUAUUUUAUAACCACGAGAAAAAAAAUAAAUAGUCGGUUUACCGAAACCAAAAAAGUAUUACGUGGAGGAGAGUAACAUAAAACUAAGUGAAAAUUCGUAUUCAUCGAACCACGUGAUUUAUUUUUCGAAGCACCCACGAUUUUUUCUCAUUUUCCUUCGGUCAUGUUCAUUAUUUCGAUCAAUUCGUUUUUAUAUUAUUCGCCAAACUAGAAAUUCCCGAAGAUACAUCGAUAACGAGACUCGUAUAAUUUGCUUUUUCGAAACUUGUAUAAAUGCAAAGGGGUUGAAGUUUCGUUUUUCCGUAUUAUUAUUAUUAUUAUUAUUAUUAUUAUUAUUAUUAUUACGAUCCGUCGUUAAGAAUUUAACGUCGAGCACACGUCCCUAAUGUUGUUUGGCUAAACUUAAUCCGAUUCUAUCGAUACCAGGAAUUGUACAAUUUUGUAUAUACGUCUAUUAGAAGUUUUUUAGAAAACAGAAUGAUGAAGAGAGGGAGAAUGUGAAAGCAUGUGAAGUGUAUGCGAGUUUUUAAUGCAGAGUGGAAACGUGGCCAAUCUCUUGAAACUAUAAGCAACGCACCAAUCUCGUACGAUUAUAAAUAACGUAAACAAAGAUUGCUUCACCUGAAAUACAACGACAUUUCUUUUUUUGCGUCGAUAGUGACCAACAGUUUGAAACUUUCUUAAAAAAUCUCGUUUGAUUUUGUCUUCUUUCCAUCAGUCGAGAAAAUUUGAUUAUGUGUGACGUUAAAAUUUGACAAAUGAUGACUUGUUUUUUUUUUGCGUUACGUAUCGUCGAUACAAGCUCUAGUACCAUUCAAAAUAGUAAGCUACUGUAUAAGAGACAUUUUUCAACGAACUUCCUGCUUUGGUUAUUUUAGUUUUUGAAAUGUCUCGAUGCUCGGGCGAAACCACAUAAUUUGUUCAAUUUUCAACAUUUCUAUCCAAUUCUUAACUUCCGUUUUUUCCCUUGAAUUCCCUAGAUGAAAUAAGAGGUUAGGUUGAAACUCGUAGAUCAGUUCAAUAUAUCACAGAAAACUUUUGUAUCGAUUUUCGUAUCAUCUAAAAGUUCGUUUUCUUUCGGGUACAUUGUUACACGUCAAGUCCAUUAAAAUAUUUUCGAAGCCGAUAAAAGUAUAAAUUUAUUCGAAAUAUGAUUAUUUUUCAAUGCUUCUUUAUUUUUUUUGGUUCACUCCUGAGUUUGGAUUGAAAAAUUUAUAUAUUCCGUUGAGUACCCGUACUUAUCGCUUUUAUUAGCGCGCUCUCGUUUUCUAUCGGUGUACAUUCUUUAUUGAAACUGAAAAUCUUACAGCCGGAGAAUUGCAUCUUGGCUCGUUAAAUGUCUUCGAAUAAGGAAUACUUUAAUACAUUUUCUUUGAAUAGUGUCUACGAUGGUAUUGAAAUGGAUACAGAAGUUUUGUGAGGGCGACUGGACGAGAUCUCGCGAAUUGGUGGUUAUAGUCUGCCUUAGAAUUGUAGCUACUUGCGCGCUUUGGACGCCACGCGAAAAUUGUAAAUACGAGUAAGGGAGGUUUCGGUUGUGCGUCGAUCUAUAUAAAUAUAUAUAUUUAAAAAGAAAAAAACAAAAGGUUCUUGGCUCGAACGGCAAUUAGAAAAACUCAACGGUGAUAAUCAAAACUGAGAAGGAAGAGCUCGAAUAAAUGAGUAGACAGUUGUACAGUACAACAGAAUGGUGAAAUAAUCGAUAAUUAUGCCAAUAUAUUGAAACGGAGAAUGAAUGAAUCUGGUAUGAAAGAUUCAACAAUAGUUGCGAACGAAAAAGCAAAAAAUGAGAGUGAAAAAUUCGUCGGUUAGAAGCGUAUAAAUUUUUGGAUUAUAGGAUAAGCGAGGAUCCAAUUCUAAAUCAAGGUACUCGAGAUUCGGAGGGCCUUGUAUGUAAUGUUAAGCUUCGAGUACACGAUUGUCCUUCGACACGUGAAUCGUCGUCAUAGAUCGAAAGAACAAAAAAGAAGAAAAAAAGAAAAAGCGAAGUUAAACGGCAGAGGCAGAGACAAACGAGCGCUUUAUUUUCUCUCAGCGUUCCUUGUACGAAAGUACUGUCGUUCUUCCGUAGAGUAUAUUAUGAAAGAAUAGGAAGAAACGAAAUAGAAAGAAAAAACAAAAGAUUAACCAACCGCGAAAUAUAUUCGUUCAACAGACUUUCAUUUAGUUCGAACCUCGUAUAUAUCCAUGUGUCUCAUUAAUGACAAUUAAAGGAUUGUGAAUAAUAUUUAUAACCGCUCGAUGUAGGAUAAGUAAAAAUGCAUUUCUUUCGAAAAAUUUAAUACUCGUACUUUUUAUAACGCGUUAUAUCGCCAGUAAUGUGGACGGAAGUUAGUGUUUAGUGACGUACGUGAGAAUUUUUAAGUACGUUGUGUAUCCGAUAUUAUUGUCUACCCUUAUUCGUGAACUAUUCAUCUGUCUUUUCAUUUUCCAUUUUUUCUUCAUAAAAUACAAAUAAACAACAUCAUUUUUACCAUUUUUUUCCAUUCGAGUUGCGGAAAACUGCCGUUGUGCUAAAAAAAUGACAAACUGAACGCGGGCAUCGAGUCAACUCGUUUCAUUUAAUCACAAUAUUCAGGAACCAUUAGUUCGACGAAUAAAAAAAAUAAAAAAACAAAUAAGAAUCUUUCGUAUGAAUUAUAAUAGUUAUGUCAAACUUUUGUGAAAGCCUUCAAAACAGUAUCCAAUUUCGUCCAACCCGAAUAGAGACGUAAGAAACGGAAUUCGAUAUAUACACACGAUAAUACAUUUUUCAUUACGUUACAAAUCAGAAGGCGACGAAGACUGUGAAUAAAGAAGAGGGAGGAUAAGCAGUUCGCAGCUUCAGUUUCAGUUGAGUUUAACAAAUAUUAUCUUUGAGCGAGGACGAUAACCUGGCGUCACACUUAUUUUUGAAAAAAAAAUUAUGCAAUUGUAUAAAACUCGAAAAACCAAAAGUUUUCUCAUCAAUCAUAGAAGAAUACACACGAAAAUCACUAAAACGAUAUUCGCAACCCAAAACAGAAUUUUAUCUACAAAAUAUCACGGUGAAGACAUUAGAGUUUUCGGGUUUUCCUGCCAAAUUUAUAUAUAUUCUCGUAACUCUGGUUGCGGUUGUGACAAAAUCCACAUUUUGUCACAAUGAAGAAGAAAAAAAACAUUCCGCCUCUUCAACCCUGAUAUCUGUUUUCCCGAACGAUUGUGAGUUGUUAAAAGUAAAAAAGGCGUGUCCGCGUGGCCCUCGUACCAAUGCCACGAAUUUCAUCGAAUCAUAAUAAUGAAAAUGCUAGAACAAUUAGGGUUUUCCGAUAGAUAGCGAUUGGAAAAGAAACAAAAAAUCAUCCACGUAUACAAAAAAAACAAAAAACAAAAAAAAAAAGAACAAACCCAAACAAGCAUUUUGCACAUAUUUUCAUUCAAAGCGUGUAUUCUGCUUGAUCUAGUCUUUAAAGAUGAACGAGGAGGCGAAUGUGAUGUGAGCACGUCAGGAGCGUAGUAGUAACGAAAGUCGACACGAUUCAACUACUGACUGAGACACAAACAUAAUUCGAAUUAAUUAAUAUUGAGCAACAGUCGAUAAAAAUUUAUUGAGAAAAUGGUGAAGGGAAGAAAAUACGAGAAAUACUGUUACUCGCAGAUUGCAUUUCAUCGGUCAUUGCAGAAAGAAAUCAUUUCUCACUGUGUCCGAAUACAAAGAAUUUUGUCUCAUUUUUUUUUUAAAUAUAAUUUUGUAAACUGCGCAAUAAUUAGAUCAAUGCACGUUAAAACGUCUCGAUUUUUAUUUCUUUGUUCUCGAAGACUGGCGAACGACAUUUUUUUCGAGUCCCGUGGCGCAAUUUCGUGAAAGAAUUUCAAUAAAUAGGAAAGAACGAGCAGUGCGCAGUCGUAUUUUUGUUGGAGGGAGAGGGUAUCGCAACCCAGUGUGAAUGUUAAAUUGCCGGGUGAAUGUUAUAAUUGGGUGACUGCUGGAAACAUUGUAUUAUCAAAUUGAAGCAAAUAUUGUUUAAAUAAAAUUGAUAUAUAUAUACA